AUGGCGGAGAAGCCGGGCCAAGAUGCGGACUCGGCUCCUAAGCCAACCGUGUUGUUCCUGCACCCAGACCUGGGCGUGGGCGGCGCCGAGCGCCUGGUGCUCGACGCCGCGCUGGCGCUGCAGGCGCGCGGGUGUCGCGUGAAGAUCUGGACGGCGCACUACGACCCGGGCCACUGCUUCGCGGAGAGCCGCGAGCUGCCGGUGCGCUGCGCCGGGGACUGGCUGCCUCGCAGCCUGGGCUGGGGCGGCCGUGGCGCCGCCGUCUGCGCCUACGUGCGCAUGAUCUUCCUGGCUCUCUACGUGCUGUUCCUGGGCGAUGAGGAGUUCGACGUGGUCGUGUGCGACCAGGUGUCCGCCUGUAUCCCCGUGUUCAAGCUGGCCAGACGGAGUAAGAAGAUCCUGUUUUACUGUCACUUCCCAGAUCUGCUGCUCACCAGGAGAGAUUCUUUUAUUAAACGCCUAUACAGGGCCCCGAUUGACUGGGUAGAGGAGUAUACCACGGGCAUGGCGGACUGCAUCUUGGUCAACAGCCGAUUCACAGCUGCCAUUUUCAAGGAAACGUUCAAGUCCCUGUCUCACAUAGACCCUGCCGUCCUCUACCCAUCUCUGAAUGUCGUCAGCUUUGACUCUGCUAUUCCUGAAAAGCUCGAUGGCAUCGUCCCCCAGGGGAAAAAAUUCAUAUUCCUCUCCAUCAACAGAUAUGAAAGGAAGAAAAAUCUGACUUUGGCCCUAGAAGCCCUUGUAAAGCUGCGUGGAAGAUUGGCAUCCCAAGAUUGGGACAGAGUUCAUCUGAUCAUUGCCGGUGGUUAUGAUGAGAGAGUCCCGGAGAACGUACAGCACUACCAGGAAUUGAAGAAAAUGGUCCAGCAGUCUGACCUGGGUCAGUAUGUGACCUUCCUUCGGUCUUGCUCAGACGAACAGAAAAUCUCACUCCUCCGAGGCUGCACGUGUGUGCUUUACACACCGAGCAAUGAGCACUUUGGCAUCGUGCCCUUGGAGGCCAUGUACAUGCAGUGCCCAGUCAUCGCUGUUAAUUCAGGUGGGCCCUUGGAGUCCAUCGUCCACAGUGUCACAGGAUUUCUGUGUGACCCUGACCCAGAGCACUUCUCAGAAGCAAUAGAAAAGUUCAUCCAUGAACCUUCCUUAAAAGCCACAAUGGGACUAGCUGGAAGAAACAGGGUGAAAGAGAAGUUUUCCCCUGAAGCAUUUACUGAACAGCUUUACCAAUAUGUCACCAAACUGCUGAUAUAA